AUGGCUUUCCAUGCUUAUUGUUUAUAUCAUUUGAAGAUGAACUUGAGACAUCAUUUGCGUGGUAUGUUACAUGGAUUGAAAGAAAAGCUAAUCACUCUGUUUGGGAAAUGGGCAUAUGCUCCAAUUGAAGAAACAUUUCAUCAAUGUUUGGUUGAGUUAAAGACUGAAGGUGGGUCAAGAGUUGAAAAGUUUUUAGAUGAUAUAUCAUAUGAUCAUUGGAGUAAUGCAUAUUUUCGAGGACAACACUUUGGAGAGAUGUGGUCAAAUGUAGCUGAAUCUUUCAAUUCGUGGAUACGAGAGGAACGCCACUUGCCUAUCACAAAGUUGAUUGAUAGUGUAAGAAUUAAGUUGAUGAUGAAAAUUGCUAAAAGGAGGGAACUUGUUAAUAAAUGGAAUGGUUUGAUAUGCCCUAAAAUGGAGUCCAAGUUGCAUGAUGGUUUUAAUACUUCGAGGCCAUGGAUUGUUAGUUCAUCUGGAAAUGAUGUCUAUGAGGUGCAUUCACAUCCAUCUGUUUCAGUUGACAUUAGUAGACGAAUAUGUUCUUGUGACAAGUGGCAGUUGAAAGGGUUUCCAUGUGCACAUGCAGUUGGUGCUAUACAAAAGAGUGGACAUGAUUUGAGUUUAUUUGUUGAUCAAUACUUUUAUGUUCAAAGUUAUCGAGAGUCCUAUUCUUUUCCCAUAUAUCUUGUUCCUUCAAUUUGGAAACCAGAUUGUAAUGUUGAUGGUGAUAGUGAAGUUAUUAUUUCUCCUUUGUCUAAGAAGCAACCAGGAAGGCCAAAUAAGAAGAGGAUUCGUUCAAAUGGUGAGAAAGUGAGGCAAAUUACUUGUAGUAGAUGUGGGAAGGUUGGCAAUCACAAUAAGAAAUCGUGUAAGGAGGCUUUGUGA